AUGGCUGCGACAUUUCUUUAUGCUCUCCUCACAAACCAAGUCCUACUUGUUAAACAUGAAGCUGACAUGACUGAUCUCUUUUGCGAGCCAUUUCCCAAUACAUCAUGGUUGUUGCCUACGGAUUUUCCCCUCAGGAAUUUUAGUCCUGAGGUAAGAUAUGCCAGCAGUUUUGGAAGCAUGCUAAUGAAAAUUACCAACACUUCAAAGGAGUCACCAGAAUCAUUUCUCUAUCUUAAUCUAGCACACAGUGACUAUGAUCUUGACCAAUUAGCAUUCUGUGGUCAAAACCAAGCUCUUCUCCGAAACAUUCCGUGGUUGAUACUUCUAUCAGAUCAGUAUUUUGUCCCUUCUUUAUUCAUGAUACCAUCUUUCAACCAAGAAAUAAGCAAAUUGUUCCCAGAAAAGGAAAGUGUGUUCUACCAUUUGGGUCACUAUCUUUGCCACCCCUCAAAUCAGGCCGGGGGACUGAUCACAAGGUUCUACCAGGCUUAUCUAGCCAAGGCAGAUGAGAGGAUUGGGCUCCAAAUAAGAGUAUUUCACGAUAAGACCACUCCAAUAUUCCAAAUUGUUAUGGAUCAGAUUUUAGCUUGUGUCCUGAAGGAAAAGCUCCUGCCAGAAGCAGUAGAUACACAAGAACCUAUGCCUUCUCCCUCAAGAAACCAGACAUCAAAAGCUAUUCUAUCAACAUCCCUAUAUUCCCCAUAA